AUGCCCUCCUAUUUAAAAUUUCUAAAGGAAAUCCUUUCCAAGAAAAGGAGACUGGAGGACUAUGAGAUAGUUGCUCUAACAGAAGAAUGUAGUGCCAUCCUACAAAACAAGUUGUCUCCAAAAUUGAAAGAUCUUGGAAGCUUCUCCAUACCAUGCUUGAUUGGAAAUAUGAAUAUUAACGAAGCCCUCUAUGACCUUGGAGCCAGUGUGAGCCUAAUGCCCUUGUUCAUAUGUCAAAAGCUAAAUGUGGGAGAGCUAAGACCAACUACCAUCUCCUUGCAAUUAGUAGAUAAAUCUGUCAAGUACCCAGUUAUCAUCCUAGAAAACAUACCCAUCAAGGUGAGAAAAUUUUUCAUUCCAGUAGAUUUUGUUAUCCUAGAGAUGGAGGAAUAUAUCCAAAUUCCCAUAAUAUUGGGAAGACCUUUCUUGGCAACUACUGGAGUAAUCAUAGACGUAAAAAAUGGGCUUAUAACUCUCAAAGUGGGGGAUGAAGAGGUAGAAUUCAACCUAUUUCAAGCAAUGAAGCAAAAGUCUGAACCUGAUGAAUGUUUAAGGGUUGACAUCAUAGACAAGCUAGUGGAGGAAGAAUUUCAAAAGAGAUAUCCUGAAGACCCUCUUGAAGCUUAUAUAGUGCAUGGCCACACAGUGGAGAAUGAGAACAAGGAAAUUACAGCAUAUGCAGAAUCUUUUGAGGUAAAUCCACCUCUACCUUUGGCCCAAGCACUUCUGGUAGAAAAUCUGUAG